AUGGAUAUAGUCUACGAUCACAUUCAGGAGGAGAUUUUUACCUCCAACGACAGCUCCAAAAAAGACGAGUCCAAGGACGAGUCCGCGAAAACAGAACGGCCGAACGUCGAUCUAAACACCGAGCUGCAAGAAACCUUCCGCGCUUUCUCUGCAAGCCCAUGGGGUGUUCGCAUUGGAGGUUUAUGGGACAAUGUUCGCAAGCAGGGCGAGAGCUACUACGAGGGAGCUAGACAAGAAUAUGCAGCGGCCAGUGAAGAGGCGGCCAAGGGCUUCUCGGGACUGAAGGAAACCAUUGUCGGGCGCACGCGGGGUCUAUCCCUGAACACACCGUUUGGCACAGGAAAUACAGAAAAGAUGACAGACGAGGCCUCUACGCCCACUACUUCCCAGGUGGGGGAUGAUCAGGGGGAGCGCAGUGAGACUGGCACGGGCGAGGGUUUCCUCUCUCGUUUCAAGGCCGAAGCGGCCAGACGACUGAAGGAAAUUGAGAAGGCGGAGGAAGCUGCCGACGAGGCUCUUCUACGGUUCGGUAUGAAUAUCAGUCAGAAGUUUCGCGAUGCAGUGAGCAUCGUGCCCCCAGAGACGGAGUCUAGCAAGAUUCUGUUCGAAAGUAAGGACUCCGAGGGCAAGAGAGUUAUCCAUGCUACGCGAUUCGAAGCUCAGCUGCAUGUCAUUCACUCUAACUUGGAGAGUUUCACCAAGGACCCCGUCAGUGAGGAGUGGGCUGCCUUCCAGGAGGAGUUCAAUGUGGAGAACAAGACUGAUGCCAUCGCCACUGACCUGGAGAAAUAUCCUGAGCUGCGGGCCGCCAUGGAGAAGCUGGUGCCGGAGAAAAUUGAGUAUAGUACUUUCUGGUGUCGGUACUACUUCCUUCGUCUCGUCAUUGAAAGCGAAGAACAGAAGCGGAAGGAACUACUGAAGGGUGCCAAUGUAGAUGGAGAUGAAGAUGUAGCUUGGGAUGAUUCCGAUGAUGAUACCGACUCGCCGUCCACUCCUCAGGUCAAGGUCAACAAGGCCAACGAGACUCAGAGCUCUACAUCUGCCGCCGACAAGAACAGCCUCCAGAAUCCCAACGAGCCCCGUCGUUCUAACGACCAACAUUCUCAAGCCGACAGUGAGUCCAGCUACGAUGUGGUCAGCGGCGCUACCAGCCGCGCCCCCACCAGCCCCAAGGAGAAGAAGGACGAGGACAGUGAUGAGGACUGGGAGUAA